CUGUUGCCUGGUCCCGAACCGCCCCUUACCCAAAACCACUUACACCGUGUCUCUCUUCAUGUAUGAUCUGCUUCAUUGAUGUCAUAUCAGGGGAGAUGGAUUAAACGGCUUAUCGUUUAUUCUUAUGGGAAGUAGCAUGUUUUUGAGAGCAAGAGUGGGUUUGGUUGUAUAGUGUGUGUUGUCUGUAGCCAGAAAAGAGAGGUCUGGUUGUAAGUGAAGCAUGCUGCCUUGAUGAGAUACUACACACACUUCCUUCCUUGAUCAGGAGAGGGAACAAUUGAGGCACCAGUGACCAUGACCUUAUAUUUGGCAUGGUCACCCGUACCACCAAUUGUAAUUCUGGCCAGCAGGGACGUAAAGAGCCUCGGGGGUCUUGGGUGUAGCAUUCUGCACAAACUCAAAAUCUAUUGGCAGAAGAAAGAAGUGGGUGCCAAGCGUCUCAGGCUCAGUGUAACCCAGGAAGUGCUGGACAGGAACAAUUUGAUGCACCUCAUGAUCAAGCUUUCAUUAUUACAGUUAGCACUUUGAAAUGAGCAGUUCCUUUGAGGCAAUGUUUCAGUUUGUCAAGGAGCUAAAGGGAGAUAUUUGUGGUAUCCAAAAUAUUGGAGAUUUGUUAUCUGAACACAAUGAAAACAUCUGUUGGAAUUUGCCUUGUUUUCCUCCUUGCGAUAUUUGGACUUGGCUCUGCACUCCAGUGCUACAAAUGUAAAGACUACACUGGGAGCUGCACCAAGGUCCGUAGCUGUGGCUGGGAGGAUGCGUGCCUCACACUGAAGGAGAGAGGUGGCCAAAUAUACCGCCAGUGCAUCAAGUACGAUGACUGUGAUUACAACCGGCUCUCCCAGAUGUUCCCUUCAGUGUCCAGCUUCACAUACAGGUGCUGCAGCAAUGACCUGUGCAACGCAGCCCCCAUCACUGCUGCUGGCAAGCCUCUGAUGGGCCUGGUGGCGUCCCUGGCCCUCUUCUGGUGGUGCAUCUUGUAACCCAGCCCCGGCAAACAACCAAAGAGUUGGACCAUGGGGCAACAGGGGUUCUGACUAAUCGCAUCCUUGCUGCCGUUCCUGUCUGAUCAGUGCACUAAAUGGUUUGCCUUUGUUCACAUGAGAAUGGGAAUAUGCAUUAAUUCAUAUGUCUAUAAUUGGCAUUUUAUUUAGCAAAGGAAGUGCUCAUAUGUCAGAAAACACAACAUGUAUGUCUGUGUGACUUGUUGAAGAUAGCUUUGAAGGCAGUGGCACUUUAGAAUUAAGCAAAAAGAGUAAAGCUCACACAUCAGUAGAAUCAAAUAGUGUAUGUAUUACUGCAGUUAUUGUUAAGUGAUAAGAUAAACUUUUGCCAAGUUUGCCAAAAAAAUUAUGUUUAUACCUGCUUGUGAGUUUGUUUGCUGUAUUUUGUAAAGACAUUUGAGUUGUUUCAUGAACCGCCUGCCAUUACCAGACCGUUUCCACUCUUCAUCUCUACCUUUGAUUGCUAAAGAUUGCCUUUCUCCCCAAUUAAAACAACAGAAAAUAUUGACCUCAGGUCUCCUGUACCUUCAGUCAUCCAGAUGAUAGAUAGAUAUAUGUAUAUAUAUAUGUACAUAGUCCAUAUGGCCACAUCUGAUAGACACAGGAGUUGCUACGUGUUUCCCAAUAGGUUAUAUGUGUGGUCAGUGGUACACCCACACAGGGAACGCUCCAUCUCAGGGUAUCAGACAUAUUUUACCCGUGAAUGUCUAGUAUGAAUGUUUUUGUACCAUCUGGCUCAUCAAACCCAUGUUCAGCCAUGUUGUCAAGUUCAGAGUGGAAAACACAGCCGACUCGCCUUCUAAAUCCCACCCACAAUUUGAUGAAACUCCUUUAACCUUGCUUUUCUCAUCAGUACUGCUUAUUUGAUCUCUGCCUUGACAAUGCAUUGGAUCUGUGUCAUAGUGUGUAGUAAAAAACUAAUCUUGUUGGGUU